CGCGCACGAUGCCUCUGUCUUUCUCACCACCUCCACCGCAUACACACUCUCAUCAUGGGCGACGAGCUUGACGACAACCUCUACCUCGACGGCUCCGCCGGCUCUGCCGGCUCGCGCUCGCCCUCGCCUGCCCUCCAGUCCGCCACUGCAGCUGCAGGCGGCGCAUCCGACGCCGAAGAGCCCGACUUCGACGACAAUGUGGGCGCAAGGACGGCCGACGGCAUGAGCGAGAAGGAGCGCCUCGAGAACAAGAAGCGCAAGCGCAAGGAGCGCGAGAAGGCGCGCAAGGCUCGUAAGAACGAGGCGCGCGCGAGCAUGCCCGAGUCUGCCGGGCCGGGCGUGCUGCCGCAGGACAUGCAGGCCGACUUCCUGAGCAAGGUGUGGCGCCAGACCAAGGCGUAUGCAAAGGCAAGCGAGAUGGAGCUCGACGAGGUCGGCGUGCGCGAGGCGAUGCUGCUCGACACGACGCGCUUCACGACGGAGCGCAGUGUCGACGCACUCGCUCCUUUCGUGCGGCACGUGCUGCCUUCUCUCUCGAAGCUGCUCUCUGGCCUCCAAGCACCGCUGGCGUCAGGAUCGCCCAGCCUGCUCGUGGUGACGGGCAAUGCGCAGCGCGCCGCGGAUCUGUCGCGGGGACUGAGGCCGCUCUUGCCGCGUCUGCCCGAGGAAGAGGAGGGCUCGGCGAGGAAGAAGCGGCGGACAGAGGAGGGAGAAGAGGAGAAAGAAAAGGAGGGAGAGAAGCCCAGACUGCACGUCGGAAAGCUGUUCGCAAGGCAUUUCAAGCUCAAAGAACACAUCACCUGGCUUCGCUCCAAGUCCAUGCCCGUCGCAGCAGGCACUCCCGCUCGUCUCCUCGCACUCCUCUCUCCUCCCUCUGAGAGCGAGGAGGCACCGCUGAAGCUCGACGAACUGCGCCUCGUCGUGCUGGACGUGACGUGGCGCGACUCGAAGAACCGCGGCAUCUGCGAGGGCCCGGAGACGAGGGAGGAGCUGGUCAAGCUGCUGAGCUGUGAAGGGGUGAGAGGUCGGUUGGGAAAGGACACGAAGAUCGCGAUCUUCUAAUACAUCGAUGGAUCGCGAAAUAGCAGCGACGUGCGAGGCGGG